GUUCUGUUCUGGGCACUUUGUGCUCAGCCCUUUCCCUCCUUGCCCGUCCUCUCCAUCCCUGCAUCCCCCAGCUCUGGGAAAGCCCAAGGCGAUGUGCCUGGCAGGGUGGGCAGCUCGGGGACACCAGCCCACACCUGGACCCUCACCCCUGCCCAGAGGUGCUGGGGACCGGCUGGGGGAUGUGACCAGCUCUUGUCUCUCCUUCUAGCCUGGAGAAAGUUUCUGCUUCCCCACAAUCCAGACGUGGUGACCCUCGAUCCAAACUCGGCUCAUUCCCGACUUGUCCUGUCAGCGGAUGGGAGAAGUGUGAGAUGGGGAAGAGCACGGCAGGACCUGCCCGACACCCCUGAGAGAUUUACGUAUUGGUGCUGCGUGCUGGGCCAGGAGGGGUUCAGGGAGGGGAGGCACUGCUGGGAGGUGGAGGUGAAGGGGGAGGUGGGAGGUGAUUCCUGGUGGGCUGUGGGGGUGGCCAGGGACUCUGUGCACAGGAAGGGGUAUCUGGAGCUGAGCCCUGCAAUAGGGGUCUGGGGGGUGGGGCACUGGGAAGGGCAGUUUGUGUCUGUCACCUCUCCUCGCACCUCCCUGUCCCCGAUCCCCAUCCCCAGGAGACUCUGGGUCUGUCUGGACUGCACGCAGGGGCUGGUGACUUUCAUCGAUGCCGACAGCGGGGUCGAGAUCUUCACUUUCCCACCAGCCUCCUUCAAUGCAGAGAUCAUCCGACCCUGGUUUUGGGUGGAGACAUGGAAUAACAAGCUGUGCCUGAGGGGCAGAACCUCCUAGACCCUCUGCCCCCCUUCCAUCCCCACCGCAGCCCCGGACAGCCCCUGCCCUGCUGCAGACACUGCCCGCUCUCCUCUCCUCCAUCCCGCAGCAGCACAUGUCCCUCUCUGCCCUGCCCAAGCCCACCCUGCCCAGGCACAGCACCAUGGCCUUCAAUAAAGCUUUGUGGGUGUGUUGGGAUUGCGUGGCAAGGUUUUGGUAGCGGGGGGGCUACAGGGGUGGCUUCUGUGAGAAGCUGCUAGAAGCUCCCCCUGUGUCUGACAGAGCCAAUGCCAGCCGGCUCCAAGACGGGCCCACCGCUGGCCAAGGCCAAGCCAAUCAGCGCCUCUGUGAUAACAUAUUUAAGAAGUAGAAAAACAGAGAGAGAGAGCUUUUGCAGCCGGAGAGAGGAGUGAGAAGAUGUAAGAAACUCUGCAGACACCCAGGUCAGUGCAGAAGGAGGGGGAGGAGGAGCUCCAGGCGCCGGAGCAGAGAUCCCCCUGCAGCCCGUGGUGAAGGCCAUGGUGAGGCAGGCUGUCCCCCUGCAGCCCAUGGAGGAAGGAUGAGGGGGUGUAGAGAUUCCACCUGCAGCCCGUGGAGGACCCCACGCCGAAGCAGGUGGAGGCACCUGAAGGAGGCUGUGGCCCGUGGGAAGCCCACGCUGGAGCAAGUUCCAGGCCGGACCGGUGGACCCGUGAAGAGGGGAGCCCACGCCAGGGCAGGUUUGCUGGCAGGACUUGUGACCCCGUGGGGGACCCCACGCUGGAGCAGUUUGCUCCUGAAGGUCUGCACCCCGUGAGAGGGACUCCAUGCUGGAGCAGGGGAACGAUGAGAGGAGUCCUCCCCCUGAGGAUGAAGAAGCGGCAGAAACACCGUGAGAUGAACUGACCGUAACCCCCAUUCCCCGUCCCCCUGUGCUGCUGAGGGGGGGAAGGUUGAAGCCGGGAGUGAAGUUGAGCCCGGGAAGAUGGGAGGGGUGGGGGGAAGUGUUUUAAGAGUUGAUUUUAUUUUCUCAUUCCUCUACUCUGUUUUGCCUAGUAAUAAAUUAGAUGAAUUCCCUCUCUAAGUUUGGUCUGUUUUGCUCGUGACAACAAUUAGUGAGUGAUCUCUCCCUGUCCUUAUCUCGACCUGCAAGCAUUUCGUUAUGCCUUUUCUCCCCUGUUUAGUGAAUGAGGGGAGUGAGAGAGCGGCUCUGGUGGGCACCUGGUCCCCAGCCAGGCUCAACCCA